AAAUACGUAAGAAUUUUUUUUAUUUACUUUUUUUUUAAGGCGAAGAAAAAAGGAGAAGAAUAAUGAAAAUAAAGUGUGAUAAUAAAUGUAUUAUUUGUUAACACCUAACACAUGCCGUGAAAGAUGACGAUGGAGAAAAAGCGCAAAGUUGGGGAGAACAUGGGAAGAAAUUCACCAGGGAAAAAUCGACGGGAUGUGAUAUCACUUGUCUAUGCUUAUAUUAUAUAUUUAAUAAUGCUGAUAAUGCUGAUAGUGAUGGUCAUUGCAAAAUGGGAGUCCCGACAGAUGGACAAAAAUGUGGAUUUAGAUGAAGGGGAAGAGUGUAGUAAAGUAGUGAGGAAAAUGCGUUUUGAUUGUCAUCCCGAAAAUGGUGCAUCUGAAUUGUCUUGUAUAGCCCGAAGAUGCUGUUGGGAUCCACCAAUUGCCCAACAUAAUGAAGCAUACGAGGAAAUACAAGUGCCUUAUUGCUUUUAUCCCCAAAAUUGGCAUCUCUAUCAAUACGAAAGAAUGAAUGAAACCAGUGGAGAAUUUGAAGGUGAGCUCAAAAAUAUAGCAUCAUCCUUCUACAAAAAGGAUAUACAAGUUGUUGGCAUGAGAGCAACUAAAAUUGACAGAAAUAUUUUGCGGGUGAGACUGGAAAAUCGUGAUAAUCCAAGGUAUGAACCAAUAUGGCCAAUUAUAAAUACUUAUCGGAAAAAGUCAUCAAAUAAUGAUUCAGAUUAUGAAUUUCAUGUGAAUAAAAUGAAGCCAGGUUUCCAAGUUAGGAGAAAAUGGAAAAAAAAUUUGAUAUUCGACUCUCUUUCUGCUGGUGGUUUUAUAUUUUCUGAUCAGUUCCUUCAGAUUAGUACUUUGCUACCAUCGCACAAUAUCUAUGGUCUUGGAGAGCAUCGAAAUUCUUUGAAGCUCGAUACCAAUUGGCAAAUAUUUACAUUAUUCAAUAAAGAUCAACCCCCUACUGAGCAUGCCAACUUGUAUGGAUCUCAUCCCUUCUAUAUGAUUGUCGAGGAAUCCGGAGCUUGUCAUGGGGUACUCUUUCUCAACAGCAAUGCUAUGGAUAUUAUUCUCCAGCCAACACCUGGUUUAACAUUCAGAAGUAUUGGAGGUAUUUUUGAUAUAUUUUUUUUUCUUGGGCCAACUCCCCAUGAUGUAUUACGUCAGUAUUCAAGUAUCAUUGGGAAACCGUUUAUGCCACCAUAUUGGUCCCUGGGAUUUCACCUUUGCAGACUUGGAUAUGGAUCUUUGGAAAAAACUCGUCAAGUAUGGAAUAGAACUAGAGCAGCCGACAUUCCAUUUGAUACACAAUGGAAUGAUCUCGAUUAUAUGAAAAAUAGCAAUGAUUUCACGUAUGAUGAUGAUAAAUUCAAAGGCCUACCGGAAUUUGUCCAAGAGAUUCAUGGGGUAGGGAUGCAUUAUAUUCCUCUUAUCGAUGCUGGAAUCUCAGCGUCAGAAGGUAAUAAUACCUACCCUCCCUACGAUGAAGGAGUGCAUCAAGACAUAUUUAUUAAAGAUUUUUAUACGAAUGCUCCAUUUAUUGGCAAAGUUUGGAAUCGUGUCUCCACUGUAUGGCCCGACUUCACUCAUCCAAACAUUUCUCAAUAUUGGUAUAUUAUGAUGAAUAAUAUGCAUGGGCAAUUCGAGUACGAUGGAGUCUGGAUUGAUAUGAAUGAACCGUCAAAUUUUUAUAAUGGUCACAUCAAUGGCUGUAUUCAAAAUACCUUUGACAACCCACCAUACCAACCCAAUGUAGUUGGCAAUUUAUUGGCUACUAAAACAUUGUGCAUGAAUGCUAAACAUUUUGGAGGAUUGCAUUACAAUGUCCAUAAUACCUAUUGUAUGGGAGAGGCUGUAGCAAACUAUAGGGCAAUUAUUAAAAUAAGGCGGAGACGUCCAUUCAUUGUGUCUCGUGCUACUUGGAUUGGUCAAGGUCAUUAUUCGGCACAUUGGACCGGAGAUGUGUAUUCAAGCUGGCAUGAUCUUCGAAUGAGUAUACCAGAGAUUUUGCAAUUCAGUCUUUUUCAAAUCCCGAUGGUUGGAGCUGAUAUAUGUGGAUUUGAUGGAAAUACCACAGUGGAAUUAUGCAAUCGUUGGAUGCAAGUUGGUGCUUUUUAUCCAUUCUCUCGUAAUCACAAUUCAGAUGAUACAAUUGAACAAGAUCCAGUUGCAUUGGGUGAUUUAGUUAUUGAAUCAUCGAAAAAAGCAUUGAUGAUAAAGUAUAGAUUAUUACCAUACCUCUAUACAUUAUUCUUCAUGGCUCAUUCAUCCGGUUCGCCAGUUCUAAAUCCCUUAUUUUUUUUAUAUUGGGAGGACAAAAAUACGUUGGAUAUCGAUAGGCAAUUUCUAUGGGGCAAGGGUUUAAUGAUUGUGCCAGUUCUCGAACAAGGAAAAACCGAAGUAAAAGCUUAUUUACCGAAAGGAAUUUGGUACAACUAUUAUAAUAACACGGGAAUUAUCUCAACCGGACAAUGGUUUGUAUUGGAAGCUCCAUUAGACACUAUUCCACUAUUUAUUCGUGAUGGAAUUAUCAUACCAGCUCAAGCUCCAAGUCAAACAACCGCCCAAAGUCGAAAAAACAAAUUUGAAUUAAUUAUUACAAUUUCGCAUCCGUCAAACGAAAAUCCAUCAGGAUCACUGUUUUGGGAUGAUGGCGAUAGCAUAGAUUCUAUAAAUACUCAUAAUUAUCUUUAUGAAAAUUUUGAGGUAAUUGAUGGUAACAAGUUAAUAAACACAUGGCCAAAUUAUAAUCCAAAUAUUCAAGAGGCUGUGAUUCUAGGGCAAAUUGAAGUUUUGGGAUUGGCGCGGAGUGUUAAAAAUGUUACUGUCGAUGGACAGGAAAUUGAUACAUUUACGUACAAUGAAUCUACGAAAUAUCUUCUUAUCACAAAUUUGCACAUUGAUUUGAGUAGAAAAUUUCAAGUCAUGUGGUAGAUUCAUUUUUUAAUUAACAAUACAUGCACAACACCUUGUUCAAUUAUUAAAAUUGUGUAUUUUUUUUUUUUUUUUUUGCAAAUUACACUCCAUUACACAGUACAUUUAUAGUAAAGUCUCAAUAUUUAUGGCACCAAAAAAGCAAUGAUAAUGAAUAAAUAUAGUUUAACUAUCUUUUUUUUUUUCUACUACUAGUUACUCUAUAUUAAAUUUCAAUUUAAUCAGGGACUUUGUGAUUAUUAUCUUUGGCGUGAAAACUUGAAACACAACGCAAAAACGUUCGUCACAGUCAAGUCAAAUAUUGCUCUAGAUGACCUCGAUCUUUAUUCAAUAUACAAACAUGACCUCCUUUUCUCCUCGUAUCGAUUCUGAACAUAGGAAUUAUUAUUUGCAUUCUUUUCCAUAGAUGUAUAUAUAUUUGCUUUUUCUUUCAUCUGUUUCUCCGCUUCAAAUAUCUAAAGGAUUUUCCGAUAUAAUUAAACCAUUUGACAAUAAAUUUAAACGAUAUGAAAGAACAAACAAUUAGAUAAUGAUGUCAAUUAUUUUUAUAGUACAUAAUAAUAAUGUUGAUUAUUGAUACGCAAAUCAUUAUUAUUGUCUUCCCACAUUUGCUUUUUAUUGCUAUCUAAUUAUCGCAGUGAUUUUGCCUGAAAUUUUAACUGCUUAUAUUGAGUAGACCAUUAUGUAAUUGUCAUGCAAUAAAUUUUCAUCAAUCGAAUAUGAUUAAUAAUUGGCUCUAGCUAAAUGACAUAUUAUAACAAUAGUCGUAAAACAAAUAAUGUUUUAUUAUGGAACCAAACCCCACGGACUUUAACAUUUUUUAUUCUACUUAUUUGCUUAGUCACUCUUUUUUUUUUUUUCAUUUAUGACAGACAAAAUGGCAAGCAAUCAGUCUACUAAAUAGGGCUAUGGCAAUAAUGAAAAUUUUCUCUGCUAUGAGCAUAUAAUUAUAGAGUAAACAAUUCAUCAAUUUAAAUGGUAACAAUAACAAUAGAUUAAAUAUUAU